AUGUCUGAAUUGUACUCAUUGGAAGAUCAUCUGGCUAAAACUAGCCUUCACGAAGAGUUUGGCGUUAGCACAAUUGGUAUUCAUGGCGACGACGAGCUUGCUCUGACUACUGAUGUGGCUCCACCUAUUCAUGUUUCAACUACCUAUCGGUACAAUAGCGACCCUUCAAAGCUCCAAACUGCUAGAGAAGUGUCUACUGCUUAUGACAGACAGGACCAUAUCUACUCACGUAUUUCUCAUAGAAGUGUUUUAAGAGCAGAGAAGAUUCUUGGCGAGAUUCUUGACGGUCAUGCUGUUCUAUUCUCCUCAGGACUUUCUGCCUUCCAUGCCAUGCUUUUGCAUUAUAAUCCUAAGAAUGUCUUUAUUGGAGACGGUUAUCAUGGAUGCCAUUCUUUAUUGAAAAUUUACCAGAGAAACUUUGGAACCAAGGUUCACCACAAUUUGGAUACUGAUCCUGAGCUUCUUCAGAAAGGUGAUAUUAUCCAUCUUGAAUCACCAGUCAACCCAACUGGACUGGCUUUUGAUAUUGAGCAUUAUGCUAAGAUUGCCCAUUCCAGAGGUGCAUUUCUAGUUUUAGAUGCCACUUUUGCUCCGCCUCCUUUGCAAGAUCCCUGGAGCUUGGGUGUUGAUAUGGUCAUGCAUUCUGGUACUAAGUACUUUGGCGGUCACUCUGAUCUGUUGUCUGGAAUUCUUGUUUCCAAAGAUGAGAAGGUUGCUAGUGCAUUGAUGUCUGACAGAGACUUUACUGGUGCCAGUCCUGGUUCUUUAGAAUCUUGGUUAUUACUUCGUUCGCUGCGAACUUAUCACUACCGCAUUAGACUUCAAUAUGAGAGUGCUAACAAGAUUGUCAAAUACUUGGCUGACAACAUCAGUAAACUUCCAAAGCUUGAAAAGAUCUAUCAUUCUUCUUUACAAACUGAAGACUUUGUUAAGAAGCAACUGCCAUUAGGCGGUCCUCCUGUGUUCUCUAUUGAACUGAAAGACAGAGAAACCGCUCGCUACUUCCCGUCCAAGCUAAAAUUGUUCCAUCAUGCUACCUCGCUAGGUGGUGCCGAGAGUCUCAUCGAGUGGAGAUGUAUGACCGACAUGAGCGUCAGUGAAAGUCUCCUGCGUGUCUCUAUCGGUCUUGAGGAUACCAAUGACCUCAUUGGAGACCUUGUUCGUGCUCUUCAGUAA